ACCACUCUUACGGUUCCAUCUCGUUUAGUCCAUCUUAAGAACUCGAGGAACAGGUACCACCUCGUCGCGACCAUCGGUUUCGUUUAUUUCUUGUGUUUUUCCACCCACCUAAGCCUAACUACGAGUUUCAAAAGUGACUUCACUCCCUCGUUCGUUGUGUAGCAUAUUGCAAUUUGUAUGUGUGUGCUUAAUCCGAAUUUAUGUUAAGUGAAGUUCGCUUCCUAAUAUUUGGAUUAUACAGCCGAAUACGGAAUGCAAGCUGAUGAAUCCGACUUCCUGCAGAAUGUUCGAUGAUAGCUGACCAUGCCGCCAGUCCCCAGCAUGAUGGCUGCGGCACUCUAUCUGGCCAAUCUGCUCCUGUUAGUAUCAGCAGCAGCUGAACAUGUCCGAGACCUGGAGGUCUCUGAAGGUGUCCCAGUCGGCACGAAAAUAGGAUUCAUUGGUGAUGGAGCAUCGCCAGACAGCGGUCCCCCAUACCUGAUCGUGCCAGUUGGAGCGGCAGUGGACAGUGAUCUUUCCAUCGACCAAACGACUGGAGAAAUCAAAACGAAAGUUCCUUUGGACCGGGAAACCAGAGCCAGUUACUCGCUGGUGGCUAUCCCGAUGAGUGGCGAUAAUGUUAAAGUGGUGGUGAAGGUGCUGGAUGAGAAUGAUAAUGCGCCAACUUUCCCGUCGAGGUUUGUGAAUAUUGAGUUUCCGGAAAAUACGCCCCGAGAUGUGAAAAGGACGUUACCGCCUGCACGCGAUUUGGACCUGGACAUUUACAACACCCAAAGGUACAACAUUGUUUCCGGGAAUAUCAACAGCACCUUUCGGUUGUCGUCUCACAGGGAGCGCGAUGGGGUGCUUUAUCUUGAUCUGCAGAUCAAUGGGUUUCUGGAUAGGGAGACCUGUGAAUACUACAGCUUGGUGAUUGAGGCCCUUGAUGGGGGAACGCCCCCUUUGAGGGGAGAAAUGACUGUAAAUAUUACUAUCCAGGACGUGAAUGAUAAUCCUCCAAUUUUCAACCAGAGCAGGUACUUCGGGUCAGUGCAAGAGAACUCCACUAUCGGUACCAGCAUUCUGCAGGUUCUAGCAAGUGAUGGCGACACGGGAGACAACGCCCAGAUAGAAUACGCCAUCAACCGCAGGCAAAGCGACAAGGACAUGUUGUUUAGGAUUGAUUCAUCCUCAGGGGUGAUCGCUGUCAAUAAGCCAUUGGACUUUGAAGCCAAAGAACUGCAUGAGUUGGUAAUAGUGGCGAAAGAUCAUGGGCUGCAGCCGCUGGAAGCAACCACUUUCGUGUCGAUUAAGGUGAUCGAUGUCAACGACAAUCAGCCAACGAUCAACGUGAUUUUCCUUAGUGACGAUGCUACCCCGAAAAUUAGUGAAAGUGCGCAACCGGGCGAGUUUGUAGCGCGUAUUAGUGUGCACGAUCCAGAUUCGAAAACGGAAUACUCGAACGUGAACGUGACUUUGAACGGCGGUGACGGACAUUUCGGUUUGACCACUAGGGAUAAUAUUAUUUACCUGGUGAUAGUAAAUUUGCCUUUGGAUAGAGAGCUGCAGCCCAACUACACUCUGAACGUAAUUGCUACUGAUACAGGCACACCCCCUUUGCAUGCAUCCAGAACUAUCAACCUGCUGGUUACCGAUGUAAACGAUAACGCGCCAGAUUUCGAGCAAGAUGUGUACGAAGCGAAUGUGAUGGAGGUUUCGGAUCCCGGCACUUCAGUUAUCCAAGUGUUUGCUACGGAUAAGGAUGAAGGCAAUAACAGUGUCAUUACGUAUUCUCUUCUGGAGCCGAGCAACAGCAACAUUAACUGGUUCCAAGUGGACGCGCGGAGUGGUUUGAUCACGACGCGAGCUCAUGUGGAUUGUGAAACCGAGUCUUUACCGCAAUUAACAGUAGUGGCAACUGAUAAUGGAUUUCCUCCAUUGUCUUCAUCGGCUACAGUGUUGGUUACUAUCCAUGAUGUGAACGACAACGAACCGAUCUUCGAUCAGAGCUUCUACAAUGUCAGCGUGGCAGAGAAUGAGGUGGAGGGACGAUGCAUUUUAAAGGUUUCCGCAACAGAUCCAGAUUGUGGAGUGAAUGCAGUGGUCAACUACACUCUGGGGGAUGGUUUCGAACAGUUGCGCGAAUUCAAAGUGCGAUCGGACACCGGCGAAAUUUGCAUCAGUUCGACGCUGGACUUUGAAACUAGAAACGCCUUUGAAUUUCCCGUGAUAGCAACCGACAGAGGUGGUUUGAGUACAACGGCAAUGGUAAAAAUCCAAGUAACCGACGUGAACGACAACCGUCCAGUAUUCUACCCGCCAGAGUACAACGUUUCUCUGCGCGAUGGUGGAGCGUCAUCCUCAGCCACAUCGCCAGUCGUAGUCGUGUCAGCAACCGAUGCCGAUUCUGGAAAAUUCGGAUCUGUUAACUACCGAAUCGUGGCUGGAAACGAAGGCGGACUUUUUCGCAUUGAUCGAACGACUGGAGAAAUAUUCGUGAAUCGUCCUCAUCAACUAUCAACCAGAAGUCAACCGUCCCAUCGGUUAAACAUCAGCGCUACGGAUGGCGGCAAUCUCAAGUCCCUGAAGGAUGCCGAAGUGUUCAUCAGUGUUAUCGAUUCCACGCAAAAGCCGCCAAUUUUUGAUCAGGCUCGAUAUGUGUUUGCUGUGAUGGAGAAUGUGAAGAAGGACUUUGUGGUUGGUCAUGUAAAGGCGGCCGUUAUCAAUAACGGAAGGAACAAUGUUCGCUACUCGAUUUCAUCGGGCGAUCCAGAUGGAUUAUUCAGGAUUGAUUCUAUCACAGGAGCGAUUAAGGUUUCGGGAAAUCUGGAUCAUGAAACACGAGCCUCAGUGUUGCUGAAUGUGCAAGCUACCAGUGGAAAUCCGCCAGUUUAUGGCCACACUCAAGUGAAUAUCGAUAUUAACGACAUAAACGACAACAGUCCCGAAUUCGAAUCGGCCAUAGUACGAAUUUCCAUACCGGAAAAUGCGGAAAUUGGAGUUCCUCUUUUCGCCGCCCAUGCUACGGACAAAGAUAGUGGUUCAAAUGGGGUAGUUCGAUACAAGCUGGCAAACUCUGGCUCUGAUUUGUUCAAAAUCGACGCUAAACUGGGACAUCUAACUCUGACAAGACGUUUGGACUAUGAGAACGUGCAAAGACACACAAUCACUGUGACUGCUGCCGAUAUGGGACUUCCAUCGCUAUCCACGAACUUGACGAUUUUAGUGGAAGUUCAGGAUAUGAAUGAUAAUCCGCCUGUUUUCGAAAAGAGCCAGUACAGUUUGAGUGUUUUGGAGUCGCUGCCUAUUAACUCUCAGAUUGCUCAGUUUACUGCUGUCGAUGCCGAUACGGGAAAUAAUGCUAGAAUUACCUACCGGCUUAUCACUCAGAAUAAUUCCAGAGACGUCAAUGAUUAUGUUUUCGGGAUUUUUCCCAAUUCUGGAUGGCUGUACUUGAACGGGACUUUGGACCGAGAGUCCAAAGAUAGUUAUAAUCUCGUCGUCGCAGCAAAAGAUAAUGGAUUACCAUCGCAAACGGCCACUUCUCAAGUGACCAUCGAAGUCCUCGACAUAAACGACAACGAUCCUUUGUUUGCUGAAGAAGACUAUGCGUUUAAAAUAGAAGAAAAUCUAGCUCGCGGAACUUUUGUCGGCCGAAUUCAAGCUACUGAUGCGGAUUCUGGGUUAAAUUCUGAUCUUCGCUACAACUUGAUUCCAGCGAAUAGCAGCUUCCAGAUCAACGCUAUCAAUGGUGAAAUUACUACCAAAGACAUUCUAGACCGCGAAAUGAAGGAAUACUACGACCUUGUAGCUGAAGCCAGAGACGAGGGACAACCUUCCCGAAGUGCCAGAGUGGCAGUGAAAAUAUCCGUUCUAGAUGUGAACGAUAAUGCUCCAGAAAUCGUCGAUCCACAAGAAGAUGUUGUCAGUGUUCGCGAAGAACAAAUCCCUGGCACCGAAGUGGUUCGAAUAAGAGCGAUUGACGCUGACAGCGGCUACAACUCCUCAAUAACCUACUCGCUGCUGAAAGACUCUGAUGGUCUGGAUACGUUCAGCAUUCAUCCGAUUAUCGGGGUAAUACGAACUAAAGUGAUGCUGGACCAUGAAGAGAAAACUAUAUAUCGGAUUGGAGUGGUGGCAACCGAUGGAGGAAAUCCUCCGAAGCAAAGCGUUCGUAUGCUGAGGGUAGAGGUUUUGGACCUGAAUGACAAUCGACCCACUUUCACAAGCUCCAGCUUGAAGUUCAGUGUUCGAGAGGACGCAAAAGUUGGACAAAUAAUUGGAACAGUGGCUUCUACUUCGGCAGACGAUGACGAAAAUAUUGUGCCUGAUAGCACAGGGAGCCAUAUCACCUAUACUCUGACAGCAAAGUCGGUAGACUCGCCCACUAAUGCCUUUGAAAUUGAGCGAAGCACUGGGAAAAUUGUGGUAGCGCAAGAACUAGACCGAGAAAAGUAUUCUGAGUAUAAAUUGGAAAUUCGGGCUCUGGAUAUCCGAGCAUUGAACAAUCCUCAAAGUAGCGCCAUCAGUGUUACAAUUGAGGUAACUGAUGCCAACGAUAAUGCGCCACAAUGGCCAAAAGACCCAGUAACUAUCUCAGUGAGUGAGAACACUCCAGUUGGUUCCUCCAUCUUCAAUUUUACUGCUUCGGACUUGGACAGUGCUGAGAAUGGCGAAAUCCGCUAUUCCUUGACUAGUCAGUAUCCAAACUUCACUUUCAGUCUAGAUUCCUUAACAGGAACCUUGACUCUAACUGGUCCUUUGGACUAUGAAGCAACCAAGGAACAUCUACUAGUGAUCAGAGCCAGUGAUAAUCCAUUUAACGCAUCAGCAAAACUCAGCAGCUUUCUAACAGUUCGCAUUAUUAUAACGGACUUCAACGACAACACUCCGCGGUUCAUUCUACCGCAAUCGUCCAUGGCUUUUAUCAAUGAUAAUGCCAUUGUAGGCAUGAAAAUUGCCAACAUUCUCGCAGUAGACGAUGACUCCGGAGACAACGGGCGUGUCACCUACAUUCUUUCUAACAGCAAUGAUGCUUCAUAUUUUUCCCUUGGAUAUGAUACUGGUGUUUUAACACUGGCCAAACCACUGAUAGCCAACCGAAAAACCUACAUGCUGAAUGUAACAGCAACUGAUCAUGGAAAACCAACCCGGCAGGCCAGCAUGAAGCUGACGCUGUUAGUCCAGGACUCGAAGAACAGUUUCCAGAAGCUACUAGAAUCUGAGUAUGAGGCAACCGUGAUGGAAAACGCUGGAGUUGGCACUUUAGUUACACAACUCAAUAUCAGAGGACUUGGGGAAUUAGGAGGAAAUGUGUCAUUUUUCAUUUCACCCGGCAUAGCAGACGACACAUUCGAAAUACAGUCCCCAUCAGGAAAAGUCCUAACACGCAAGCCCUUGGAUCGGGAGAUCCUGGAAAGCUACUUAUUAUCAAUCUUCGUCACUGAUACAUCUCAGGAUAUGCCGAUGUUCGACAAAACACUUCUGCAUAUUAGAGUGUUGGACAUCAAUGAUCAUGCCCCUAGAUUCCAGCCUGGAUCUUGCCAAAGGCUUGCUAUUCCAGAAAACAGCGAGGCCGCAGUUUUUCACACAGUGGUGGCCAAUGAUAUGGACAGCGGCCCUAACGGGGACGUCAGCUACUCAAUAACCAGCGGCAAUAUCAGGAACAAAUUCAGCAUCGACUCCAAAACAGGCGCUCUAACAGCUAAAUCAUUGGAUAGAGAAAGCAACGCGAGAUACUAUCUAACGAUCACUGCUCAAGAUCAUGGAUCGCCCUCAAUGCAGGGAUACUGCAACCUGACAGUGUUUGUGGAGGACCAAAAUGAUAACGACCCAAAGUUCGACUUAUCAAAGUACUCGACAAGCAUGUUGGAGGAUGUUCCCAUUGAUACUUCCAUAAUGAAAGUGCAUGCUUCUGAUGCAGAUGUUGGCCUCAACGCGAAAAUCAUCUACUUUCUGGCCAAUGAGAGUCAGUGGUUGUUUCGCAUUGAUAAUAAAACCGGAGUUAUAACAACUGCUGGCCUGUUUGAUCGGGAGCGCAAGUCGGAAUACAACUUCAUGGUGGUGGCGACUGAUAGUGGUAAAUACAAUGCGCGAUCCACCAAAGUGCCCGUAACGGUCUUCAUCAAAGACGUGAACGAUAACAAGCCGAUUUUCACGCGAUAUCCAUUUCAAGAAAAAAUUCCAUCGUAUAUUCAGCCAGGCCAGAAUAUCCUGAGGGUGACUACAAAGGAUAUCGACGAAGGAACCAAUGCUGAGAUAGUUUACAGUCUGGUGAAUGAAGGAAAUUUUGGAAAAUUCCGCAUCGAUCCCAACUCAGGGGUGCUGACAGCAACCCAGUCACUAACGAGUAGUACUGGAAAAGUAAUCUACCUCAAUGUGGUGGCAACGGACAAAGGAAAUCCACCCAAAAGUUCCACAGGAUUGAUCGAGCUAAUCGUGGGCGAUUUGCCACAAGGAUCGUUAAGUCUUCGCUUUCAAAACGCUACGUAUGAAGCGAACAUUCCAGAAAACAUUGGUCAACGUCGAAGUAUCGUGCAAGUCAGCGCGGUGCGAACUGAUGGUAGACGCCAGAAAAUCCAGUACACGUUUGGCAUGGGAAAUGAGGACAACAUAUUCAGUAUUGAGGCAGAAAGCGGAAUAAUUCAAGUGCGCGAUCCGAAGAAUCUGGACUUUGAGCUUCAUCACGUGGUCGAAUUGGUUGUGGAAGCCAAAACGGAAGGAACCCCAAACUUGCAUGGUUAUUGCGAGGUGUUAAUAAGACUGUCUGAUGAAAACGAUAAUGCACCGAAGUUCACCCAACAGCAAUAUACUGCAUCUGUAUGGGAGGGCGAUAAAAAAGGGACUUUUGUACUGCAAGUAGUGGCGUUUGAUGCGGAUGAUGGUCCAAAUUCGAGGAUUUUGUAUCACAUUGUAGACGGAAAUCAUGAUAAUGCUUUCAAAAUCGAACCAGCUUUCAGUGGCAUUGUGAGAACUAACACAGUUCUGGACCGGGAAAUACGUGAUAACUACAGACUUACAAUAAUCGCUACCGACGAAGGAAUCCCACAAAUGACAGGAACAGCACGUGUUCGUAUCAACGUAGUGGACGUAAAUGAUAAUCAACCCACUUUUCCACCUCCGCGUACGAUUAAAGUAAAUGAAAAUGCCGAACGUGGAACCCUCAUAACGACACUAACUGCCAAUGAUGUGGACACUUUUCCUGAACUCACUUAUAAUUUUGCUAACAACGUCGACAAAGAAUACUUGGAAUACUUUAGCAUUGAUAGAUACAGUGGCAAGAUAUUUUUGAAGAAAAACUUGGAUUUUGAAGUUUGGCAAGAUUGUACGUUGAAGUUGAUCGCAUCGGAUACUGCCCAUAUUGCCGAGACACUUUUAACCAUUGAAGUCGUGGAUGUUAACGAUAAUUAUCCAAUAUUUAGUCAAAGCUCCUAUGAAGCCAAUUUACCUGAUACCAUUUCGUCAACACUAGCAGAUAUCAUCGUGCUAAAUGCUUCUGAUGCUGACUCAGGGAAAAAUUCUGAACUCACCUACUCCAUAGUGAAUCCGACGGCUGGUUAUAUAAUUGAAGCUUCUGAGGGAAUCAUCAAAGUGAACACCUCCAACAUAUCCUCGAACGUCCAAGAUGUCUAUCUCACAGUAAAGGCGGAAGAUUCUGGCAGGCCAGCACUCCAUUCCUUAGUCACGGUUCGAGUAAAGAACAGCAAAAGAAUGGAAACCAGCUACGGUUACAAGAAAGAAUACAAAAUCACUGUUCCUGAAAAUACCAAAACGGGAAGUACUAUCAUCCAUCUGGCUAAACCAAGCAGCCAAAGUCAAGUGUCCAGUUUCAGUAUUUUGGAAGGGAACAUUGAUCGACUGUUUCAAAUAUCAAAUCCUUCGGGUGCGCUCACGUUGGUUAAACCUCUUGAUCGGGAGCUACAAGAUGAAUAUGUUGUGACUGUUUCAAUUGAUGGUGGAAAUUCGCUGGUUACACACGUUGUUAUUGCUGUGGAAGAUUUUAAUGAUAACGUUCCAGUAUUUUCGGAUACGGAUUACGAGAAGUCCAUCAGUGAAACGCUUCCUAUCGGGACUUCUGUGGACAAAGUGGUAGCCACCGAUGCUGAUUUAGCUGGCAGUCCUAAUGCAGAUAUCACCUAUGAAAUAUCGUCCGGAAACCAUGAUGGAAGCUUCCAAAUCGAUCCAAAGACUGGCGUUAUUUUCGUGAAUAAUUCGCUCGACUUCGACCAAGGAGUUACAACGUAUAACUUAGUCAUCAAGGCCUGCGAUAACGGCGCAAAGUCUCUGUGUUCAUUAUGUUCCUUCAAAAUCGCACUUCAGGACGAAAAUGAUAAUAUUCCAAUCUUCCCCUUUUCCGAAUACAUGGAGUCUGUGGGAGAAAAUGAACCAAUAGGCACCAUUGUAUUUACCGCCCAUGCUACCGACUUAGACAAGGGUAUGUUUGGAAAAGUGAACUACUCUUUUGUGGACUCGCAUGCUUACGGUGGGCAAGAAAACUCCUGGAAAAUGUUCCAUAUAGAUGCAGAAACUGGCCUGGUGACUACAGGAGCUGUGUUUGACUACGAGCAAAGAAACAGAUACAAUUUCGCUAUCAAGGCUACAGAUUCAGGAGGAAAGUCAUCCACAGUGAAAGUGUAUGUGGAAGUCGAGGGAAAAGAUGAGUUUUACCCGCAAUUCACUGAAAGGACCUAUAAAUUCCCUUUGGCAACUUCAGUAGUUUUGCCGGUGGGUUAUAUAGUUGGACAUGUGGUGGCUACUGAUAAAGAUAAAGGCCCUGACGGUAGAGUGGUUUACCAAUUAACCACUCAACAUUCCUACUUUAAGAUAAAUAGGACAACUGGGGCUGUUCUUUUGAAACGCAAGUUUGACCAAUCAGAUAUUUUGACUUCGGGCAGGGAAAUUAGUUUGGUGGUCACAGCUAGUUCAGGCCGGCAGGCUUCCUUAUCCAAUAUGACUGUAAUAGAAAUAGUUCUAGAUCCUCUAGCGGACCCAAGCACUAAUUUGGCCAUCAACCAAGGAACCCUGCCCGCCCCAAGAGGAGGCAUAUCUGAUUGGGCGCUUGGGCUUGUUAUUUCCAUUGUGCUCCUCCUAAUCAUAUUUGGAGCAGUGUUUGUCUUUUUGCACAUGAGAAACAAGCGAAAUCGCAAGCUCAACAAACCUAGUUUGAGUACAGAUACUGUUUCCACGUCGAACAACUAUGUGGAUCCGAGCGCUUUUGAUACCAUUCCAAUAAGAGGUGGAGCUCAGAUGCCGCCAGUUCAGAAUCAGUUCGCUCCUCCAAAGUACGAUGAAAUCCCGCCUUAUGGUGGCGCUCAUGCGGCAAGCUCCAAUUCUGGAGCAGCUACGACUUCGGAAUUAUCUGCUUCAGAACAAUCGGGAUCAAGUGGCAGGGGGUCUGCAGAAGAUGGCGAGGACGGGGAAGAUGAGGAAAUUAGGAUGAUCAAUGAAGGCCCACUGCAAAGGUCCAAUGAUGGCGAUUCUUUAUCGGCAGUGUCUGUUAGAAACACUCAGGAAUACUUAGCUCGGCUGGGUAUUGUGGAUAAUUCCGGCGCUCAGGCUCAAAGCGUUGGGAGACUUUGCACUGAUCCUAGAGCUGGGAGUAGUAAAGAAUCUCUGCACCAUCACCAAACAGUGCCAUUGGAUAGUUUGCACAUAUUUGAUGAGGAGGCCGCAAACGAUAAUGAUAUAACAAAUUUAAUUUACGCCAAAUUGAAUGAUGUGGCAGGUAGCGAUAGAGCAAGUUCCGCAGAUGAGGGCGCAGGCGUAACUGCAGCUUCUUUAGGGGCUACCAUGGAGCACGUGAUGGCAAUCGGUUAUGGAGAGGUACCCACAGUGUCUCAUCAACCGUCCAUGAAUGGAUCAUUGAGCUCAAUAGUACACAGCGAAGAAGAGCUAGCUGGAAGCUACAACUGGGACUAUUUAUUAGACUGGGGUCCACAGUACCAACCUCUAGCUCAUGUGUUCUCAGAGAUUGCAAGACUGAAAGAUGACACUGCUUCGGUCCACAGCGGAGCUAGUGGAACUUCGAGUGUUAGGAGUAAAGUGUCCGUAGCUCCAGUAAAAAGUAUUCCUCCUCCGUUGAUUACCAGUGUUGCCCCAAGGGCAAUUGCUAUGCCUAUUUUAAGUGCUCGUGGGGGGCAAACUCAUCACGGCCAGCUGGGCCAUAACCAAAUGAUGAUGUUGCCCAGAUCGCCCAUUAAUCAUGAUGCAUCUGGAACUGGGUUUAGCACUUCCACAGCGAUGUCGCCCAGUUUUUCCCCAUCUCUUUCACCAUUAGCCACUAAGUCGCCAUCAAUAUCUCCACUUGUAGCUCCUGGUUUAUCAACUGCGCACCACGUGAUGUCUCGGCAGGCCGCUCAAAAUAGAAAUAAAUCCGUAGUCGACACCGAAUUAAGAUUAUAAUUUAGCUUUUCAUAUACGUUUGGGCUGUGUUACAAGAGCUAUUUUAGACUGAAAGACUUUUAAUAAUAAUUGAUCACUGUGUAUAUAUUUUGUGUUAUAUAAGAGAAGACCGUCGAAUCGUAAAUGAUGCUCACUAGAUGUACGUUUAAUUGCCAUUUUAAGCCAUAAACUUUCAAACGCAAUUAUUUAUUUGUAAUUAUAAUGUCUGUCUAAAUUAUUGUCUCUUCAAGCCAUGUAAAUACGUGUAAUAUUUUGUAAAUUAGGUUUUUCUAGGAAGGGAGUAUUGUGUUUAUUAUUCAAAUUGAAUUGUUAACCAAAAUCCAACAAAUUGUUGUGUGUAGCAAACUGUUGUAAUUAAAGACAUGUGAGAAUGACUAGCGUAAAUAAUCAUUAGGUAAUAUGUAAAAGAACUGUAAAAAUGUACAAAUAUAUACAUUAUUUGAGAAUAA